UUGUUUUUUUGAGUAUAAAAUUAUAACACAAUGUGGUAUCUUCAAGUGUAAGGUGUCAUUUUUUUCAGAAAAUGAUUGGCUUUCAGGAAAUUACAGUUAUUGUACAUUAUUGUGUGUGGUGAGUUAGUAAAUAGAAUUUAAAUAGACAAAAAAUUAAAAAACGGGAAGAAAUUUAACUGCUUUUUAUUUAGAAAAAAUCUGAAAACUCAUGAACGAAAGAAUCUAAUGCCUCAGUCUUGAAAAAGGAACUAUAAUACAUAUAUACAAGUCUUUUUGGGACACUAGAUUGCACAGUUUUCACUCAGGAGACAUUUGUUUUACCCCAGUUCUCCAGGCGUUUUUGGAUCCUUCAAUCCAGUCAUUUAAAUGUGGUGCUCUCUGAAGCAGUUCCUGUCUAACUGCAAACAUAGUCCCACAUCACAUUCCUGGCACUUCCAUGGGGUGCUCCUUUUGCAUCGUAUGCAACGACGCCGACCCAUGCUGGCCCUCUCUGAAAGGUUUUGAGUGUUACUCACAGGAACAGGCAGAAACCUGUUUACAUUUAUGUAACUCUCCCUGGCAGUCAUUCAUUCCUUUUUCACUAAUCUAACGUUACCCAUUUAUUAAUUUACACGAAUUGUUUUGUUGAAAUGCGCUUCCUCACAGCGCCUCUAUGCGGGUAGAUGAUUGUUUCAGUUUUACGUACGAGUGAAUGAGAGCGCUGCUCCUCUGUCAAUACACGCUAUGGCCUCUCUCAGUGAUCAGCUGGAGGAGGUGAGGGUGAAUGCAGAAGGCAGCUUAUCUACUCCAGGUUCUGCCCAGGAGAUGAGGGCAGGGGUGGCAGCCAUGGCCAACAUCCCCCUCCCGCCCUCCAGCAAAUAUUGCUACAUCGCUGCUGAAAGCAUGCUGACGGAGAACAGUAAUGGAAAUAAUAGGAGGGAGUCCCUCAGCCUCCUGCAGAAACUUUCCACCGCUCUUAACAUCUUGGAGAAGUAUGGCUCCAAUCUUACCAACCCCAACAGGCCGAAGUACUGGCGUACAGUAAAGUACAACAAUCCUGUCUUCAGGACCACUGUAGAUUCUAUUCAGGGUGGCAGAGCAGUACUCAACCUGUACGGCUACACCAAUCAGCAGCAAGACGGCUUGAGCUUUCCUGAUGAUGUUGUCCAGCCAGAUGUUGGGAAGGUGGCAUCAGUGACUCUUGAGGUCAUGUGCCUCCGUAUGGAGCUGGACAUGCUAAUCAAGGGUACCCAUCCUUAUCCAGAGUUUUUUGAAAGACUUAUUCCCUCCCUCAGUGUGCAGGAUGAGGGAAUCAGCACAGAUGCAGUUGCCUUCUCUCCUAGUGAAAGUCCAUGGGAAAAACAAACUCCCUCGCCUGCAUCGACUCCUUUUCAGCCUAAAUCUCCAUUCAGUCCAGCCCUUUCUCUCUCUUCUCUAGUGCCCUUUAAACAAACAGGGCGUUCCACACACAUUAGGAUUCCUGUGACUUCCUCAAAAGCCACAAAACGGCUCAGCUCAUCAUUGUCAGCAUGGCAGUGUUCAUACUGCACUACAGUAAAUACAGUGCAGCAGGUUUUGUGUGAAAACUGUGAUCGACCCCGCCUGUCCUCUGCUGCUCCAUCUUUACAGGAAGAGCCAUCUCAGCCCUCUACAAUAUCUGAGUGGCAAUGUAAAAGCUGCACUGUGGUGAAUGCAGGCAGUAGCAUUCUAUGUGAGGUGUGUGAGCGCCCUCGUCUGGCCACCAAACCUCCUGUUGCACCCUCACGUCCGACUCCCUCUACUGCAGGACUAAUGGACAGCCAGUGGGUUUGCCUGUUUUGUACGUACGUCAACCACACACCAUCACCUGUAUGCGAAAUGUGUUGUCUUUCGAGGUCAGAGCCUGCUCUGUCACCCCCUAAGCCCCUCCCACUCUCAUCAGUCAAGGACGUCACACCGCCACCAGCCCCACCUAAAGUCAUUCCCACUGAGGACCCUGAUUUCAAAAGGCAAAGACUGAUGAGGGAGGAAGGACUUAAACUUAUUCAGAUCAUUCGUGCGGGAGAGAAGAAAGGAGUGAGCCCAGAGGAGGUUUACACCAGCAUGUGUGUGUCAGGAAGCAGUAAUGUAAUGCCGUAUGACUGGCUGAAAGCAGAGCUACCUCAUGUGCUUGAUGAGAUCUGUGUGAUGGCUGCAUCCCGUCAGCAAGAACCCAACACACAAUCAAACUGUUUAGGGGGGAGCAAUGGCCAGGAUGGACAAAAAAGCAAUGCAGUGCCCCUGUCCAGAGCAGAAGCCAAACGGGCCUGGCUGGCAGCAGGGGGAGACAAUGAGAAGGCUGUCAGGCAGGCUUUCAGAAACCGAAGAGUUAAAGUAAAAGAGCUUGGCUCUCUGGGCUUUAAUGAUGUGACCCGCUGUGAAGAAGCCCUGCGGCAGAGUGGAGGGGAUGUGAGGGGGGCCCUCGCUCUGCUGCAGCGCCCUUUACUGGAGCAAUUCCAUCAGCGCAUGUGGAGCGAUGAACCAGAGCCCCCCAUCGACAUCAACCAUCCAGAUAAACAGCAUGUUUGCCGUAGGCUGCUAGCAGUGUUUGAUCUGCCUAGCUGGGGGCGUUGUGAGCUGGUUCUGUCUUUGCUGCGGGACACUACAGCCACAUACACACUGGAGGAUGUGAUUCAGGCCGUGCGUGAAUCACCUGACCGGGACUUCAUUCGCCGUGUGCUGAAUAAGGAAUGCCCCAUCUGCCUGUCAGUUUUUCCCCACAGCAAGAUGCAGUCUCUGACAUCGUGCCAGUGCUCUGUGUGCUGUGGAUGUUUCAAGCAGCAUUUCACUAUAGCGGUGAGGGACAAGCACAUCAGAGACAUGGUGUGUCCUGUCUGCACAGAGCCUGACAUCAACAACCCUGAGCACCUGAACAGCUACUUCUCCACUCUGGAUAUACAGCUCAGGGAUUGUCUCGAACCGGAUGUGUACGAUCUUUUCCACAAAAAGCUGACUGAGCAGGCUCUCAUCAAGGACCCAAAGUUCCUGUGGUGCAGCCAUUGCUCAUAUGGCUUCAUCUACGAUGGCGAUCAACUCAAGGUCACCUGUAUGCAGUGCAGGAAAAGCUUCUGUGCUCAAUGCAAAAAACCGUGGGAGCCGCAGCACAUGGGGCUCUCGUGCGAGCAGUUCCAGCUGUGGAAGCGAGAGAAUGACCCCGAGUACCAGAGGCAGGGCUUGGCCGGAUACCUGCGUGACAAUGGGAUCACAAACAGUAUUGCUGCCAUCACUGCCCCUGCCCGACUCUGA